GUUGAGGGAAAGACAGAAAAUGAAUUAACAAAUCGCAGGAAACGAAUUAGAGGGGGGGUGGGGGGAGCGAGAAAUUGACACCCUGGGAAAGAAAUUCUUGGGAUUACUUAUUUGUUGCCCCCCGGUCCCGUCUCCCUGACAGAACUCGGUCCGCCGUUGCUGCGCUCGGCGCUGGCUACAAAGAGCCCCGGGGAAGUUCCUUGCUCCCCAACUUGCUCCCCAACGCCCUUCCCGGGGGGGCAGAGCGUUUAGGUUGUUUUCUGUUGGAUUUUUUUUUUUUAGGUUUCCCUUCUCCACCCCCCCCCCCCCCCCCCCCCUGGAAGGAGGGGGUCUCGUUCGCACCUCCCUGGAUGGUGCGGUAGAAAGGAGGGGAGUGUGGGGGUUGGAGGGGGGGCUCGUGGUGGGAGGCUGCCGCGCCUGCUGCUCCUGCAUUGGUGUCUCCCCUAUGGACGAAAACAGCCCUCUGUCUCCCAAGGCAAAUGCUUUCAGUAUCGCCUCUCUGAUUUCAGUCACCGCCGCCGAGCAAGCAGGGAAAGGAGCGCUGGAGGAGCGCCGCGGCGGCCGCAGCGCGCCCGCCCGCCCCGGCUGCCUCCCGCAGAAGAUGCACUUCAGCACCGUCACCAGAGACAUGGAAGCUAUCUCCAGCCCCUGGCUCACCCAGCUGUCCCAUUUUUGCGAUGUUGCAGCUUUCACGGCCAACAGCCUGAGCAGCCUGAACGCCUCCGGGGGGUACCACCUCUCCCCCUCCCCGGGGGACCCGUACGGACAGCAUGAGCCGCCGCACUACGAGCCCUGCACGGCUCAGCAGCACCCGCACCCGCCGCCCCAGCACGGCUACCCUUUCGGCCGGGCGGCGGCGCCGGCCGGGACCAACCCGCCGCCCCCAGGCCCCGAGCAGCCCGAGGGUGCCGGUGGAGCCGCUGCGGGGCCGGCCUCAGUCUCGGGGUGUUCUGCUGUGGGGGCCGCCACGGCCAAGGCGCCGGUGAAGAAGAAUCCGAAGGUGGCCAACGUGAGCGUUCAACUAGAGAUGAAGGCGUUGUGGGACGAGUUCAACCAGCUGGGCACCGAGAUGAUCGUCACCAAGGCAGGCAGGCGCAUGUUCCCCACCUUCCAGGUGAAGAUUUUCGGGAUGGACCCUAUGGCUGACUACAUGCUCCUGAUGGAUUUCGUACCGGUGGAUGACAAGCGAUAUCGGUACGCCUUCCACAGCUCCUCCUGGCUGGUGGCCGGCAAAGCUGACCCCGCCACCCCCGGGAGAGUCCAUUACCACCCGGACUCCCCGGCCAAAGGGGCUCAGUGGAUGAAGCAGAUCGUUUCCUUCGAUAAGCUCAAACUGACCAACAAUUUGCUGGAUGACAAUGGGCAUAUCAUUUUGAACUCCAUGCACAGAUACCAGCCGCGUUUUCACGUGGUCUACGUGGACCCCCGGAAAGACAGCGAGAAGUACGCGGAGGAGAACUUCAAAACUUUCGUCUUCGAGGAGACGCGCUUCACGGCAGUGACCGCCUACCAGAACCACCGGAUCACACAGCUGAAGAUUGCAAGCAACCCCUUUGCCAAGGGAUUCAGAGACUGCGACCCUGAGGACUGGCCCAGGAACCACAGGCCAGGGGCUCUUCCUCUCAUGAGCGCUUUUGCCAGAUCCCGGAAUCCAGUCUCUUCCCCAGCCCACCAGAACGGGACAGAGAAAGAUGCUGCCGAGAGCCGGCGCGAGUUUGAGCGGGAGGCGGGCGGGACGGCGCUGCACCAGGCCGAGGCCGCGCACCAGCAGCUCAUGUCCCGCGUGCUCAGCCCCGCGCUGCCGGGCGGAGGCGGCGGGCUGGUGCCGCUGGCCGGGGCGGGCGGCGGCCGGCCCAGCCCGCCGCACCACGAACUGCGCCUGGAGCCCGCCGCGUCCGAGCCGCUGCACCACCAUCCCUACAAGUACCCACCCGCGGCGGCCGCCGCCUACGACCACUACCUGGGGGCGAAGAGCCGGCCCGCUCCCUACCCCCUCCCCAGCAUCCGCGGGCACAGCUACCACCACCAUCACCACCACAUGAACGCGGCGGCCGCAGCGGCGGCGGCCGCCAACAUGUACUCGCCGGCCGGAGCACCCACCGGCUACGACUACGGGCCCCGGUAACGGGGCACGGGCGGCACGCGAGACACCGCCCUCCCCCUUCCCGCCUUUCCCUCACCUCCCGCCUUACGAGUGAGCUGAUUGGCCAGCUCGAUCUGAUGGACAGCCUGACAGCCCAAUCGCCGGCAGCCGGGCCCCAGCCCGCGCCCCGCCCUUUGGGGGUUGUGAGGGCGGCGGUGCCGGCAGCUCCAUCGCGGUGUGACCCGCGGCUGCACUUUGAUAAAUGAAGCCAUAUGUCCUUAUCUCCCUGUUCCCCCGCUCCUCCGUUCGUGCCGGGCAUCGAGGACCGUCGGGCGGCUGGGAUGCGGUGGGAGGACGGGGAAGCAGCAGCGGUGAAGCGGCUUGCCCCCUGUCACUCGCCCGCCGGGUGUCCUGAUGGAGGUUUGGUGUUACCACGGCUGUUUCCUUGCAGCAGGGCCUGUACGCGAGCACCGAGCAGGGGCUGUGGGCCCGGCCCUGUGUGUCGUUCUGCACUUGGUGUCAGUCUUUCCCGGCCCGGGGCACACUCAGGGCUGGGUCACAGGUGGCUCAGGUGGUUCUUUGAGGAGAUUCUUAGGGAAGCAGAGUUUAGUUUAAGGGAGCGCUUUGAAUCCUCACUGCCAGAACAAAUUUCCCACUUCUCCGGCUCUGACCCACUCGUAAGUUUUGGAGUUCACUGGGAUGCCUUAACCACAGCAGCAGUUUCUGGAGCUGUUGAGAAGGGCCUAUGGCCAAGAGCACAGCCACGUACAGCUGUGUUUGCAUCUUGUUUUCCCAGCAAUACCUGCAAAGGUUUAAUAACCAGCCUGAGGGUGGUGGAGUAUCUGCAGAGUUCAGGCUGUGUGUUCCCCACCUGCUUCCCAGGCAGCCUCACACAGUCCUGCCCUCCUGCAUCCUUUCCCAAGUUCUCGAAUACUUUCCCGUGUAGGUGCCUUUUAAAGGGACUUCUGGGUUUUUUUUCUUAGACUGGCUCACCCCUUAUAUUUGGGCUGACCCAAACUGCAGUAAUCCUAAAGCACCUAUUCUGCAUUACCUGCUUGCUGCAUCUUCCCUCUUAAUGCUGGUAAGUAUUUUUUCUUUUUGCUUUAAUAUCUUCCUUCAGUAGUCGUUCCUUACCGUUAAAAAGAUAGCCCUGUUCAUCACAGUUCUCCAGUGAUGCAUUUUGAAUAGCUGGCUCGUGUUUUUUUGUCAGAUGCUCACUGAAGGCAGUCCCUUUGUGUUCAGAGAAGGUAUUGAGCAGCUUCUCAGCUGUGUUGAUAUACAGUAUUAUGAACACUUUUCUGAUUAUUCCAUGGAACUCCAUUAAAAGAUGGGAGUUAUUUAUUUUAAAGUCAUCUAUUCAUCCAUGUUUGUGCAUUUUCAUUACAAACUCUUUAAAACAGGUUCUUUCCCUUGUGCAGGUGGCAGUGUUAAUAGCAAUGUUUAUUUUGUCUCUGGCAGUGGGCUUUGGGCUUCCAAAACCUAUUUGGAAACGUUUAAGAAGGGAUACAGGCUACCAUGAAUAUUUUAUGUAAUUUUUUUCUGUUAAAAAAUAUAUCUGAAUCCAUAAAAAAUGACUUUUGCAAGAAAUAUGUAUUUUAUUUGACAUUUGCAGUGAAUUGUGAGAUUCUUAGUGUCUGGCUGAACCAUAAUUAUGUCUCAGAAAGGUUGAUGUAAAAUAGCCUUGUGCUUAUUAUUAGUCAGUGGGAAAUGGCUCUUGGAUGUGCUCUAUUGCUAUUGCUUUGCUGCUGUUAUUUCAGAGUUUUCAGUAUGAUUUGUUAUCUGUAAACUGAUUAGUGCCAAAGCUUUGGUCAAACAUUUAAUGAAGUUGUUAUAUUUAUUAUUUCCUUCAAAGGUUAUACAAAUCCUUUUUUUUUUUUUUCUUGUAAGCUGCAGUGUAGGAAAAAAGUGAAGACAACCAAAGAAUCAUAUCUGCAAAGUGUAGAUACAUGUAGAUAUUUGUAGAUAUAUGUAGAUAAUCUUAUAUCAUUUAAAUUGAAAAGACAUUGGACAGUGACAUUUAUAAAUAUUUUUCCUCUUCUUUCUUUCCUUCAUUUCUUGUUUGAUUAUUUGUGUAUAUUUGUCAGUUUAUCUGCCCUGAAGUCUAAGCCUCCCCUACAAAAUGAGGUUAUUUAAAUCAGGAGAGCUCUCAGUCUGAGCAAACAGUGGCUCUCCAUAGGUGAUUGCUCCUUCCCUUCUGUCCAUGGUUGCUGCAGGUGCCUGUGGUUGUGGUGAUCUAUCACAAUACAGCAGUUUGUGAGGUUGGGAUUCCCAGGUGUAAACAGAUCUGUUUGUAUUGGUGAGCACCUCUUCUCUUCAAGCACACACAGAAUGCCCCAAGAUGCCAGGAUUAAACGGUGCCCUUAAUGAAAGUGGCUCAAGGUCCUUGCCUUGACUGUAGGAAUUUCAAUUUUAUACUUGUUAGAAGAAGAGAAAAUCACAGAACUUCAGGCCAUUCACUGUGGUUGGUGGGCCCUUAGGAUCACCAGUCUGUGUUCUGUACUAAAGAACCACUGCAGAGGUCCUGAGGCUGAAUGGGAAGGAGACCAUGCAGCUAUGUUAAGGCUAAAGUCUGAACUAUGAAAAUGGUAUUUUUAACCAUGCAUUUAGUCCAUCAGCAUGCAAGGUGCUUAGACAUGUUCACACCGAAGCAUGUUAGCAGUCCAGUUCAUGUUGUGUUACAAUUUUUAAAUCAAGAUUCCUCAGGGAUUUGACUGGUGUCCCUCCUUCCAUAACAAUGUCUGUCUCACUAGAUGGGAUUGUUACAGAUAUGGAAAACAAAAAGGGUUAUUUUUCUAUCACAACAAAAAGCCAUUUCAAAGGAACAAAACCCCAUAAUGCUGCAGGUUGACUAGUAGAAGCCUUUUGGAAAUCACAUGAAAUCUGUAACACUUUAAUGUCAUAUUACCUGUCAGCCUGUUAGUCAGGAUAUAUCAUGGGUAUACCAUGCAUUACCUGUGUAUUGUAGAGUCAUUUGACAAAUGACUUAUUAUGAUUUGAUUACCUGUCUGGUUAAACUUCACUGUUGCUGUCACCAAGGUCCAUGGCUGCAUUUCCAGGCAAUACUUCCACUUGUGGUCACCUCAAUUCACAUGAAACACUUCCACACAAAGUGUAUUUAAAAGCUGCUGUAAAACAGGCCCAAGUAUGGAGGUUAUAAGCAUCCUUUGUCCCUUCCAAAUAGGGCUAGAGAAUAAAUUAGCCAUUUAGCGCUAUUUUCUAGAGUUACAGGGUGAGUUCAGUGAUUGCUUCUGAGGUCUGGAAACCAUGUCACUUAGCUCACUUGGUAAAUCCAAGAUUAGGUCUACACAGGUGGAAAAAGGGUGGCUUUUGCUUAAUCACUUAACCCAAACACUGGGGAUAGCUCCAGUUUUCAGAAAUGGCUUUUUGCAACUGAUUUUGUUCUUUCCUUGCUGUCAGAAUUGACUAAAUUCAAUGUAGGAUAGGAGCAUGUGGAUGAGAUUCCUGUGUGUUUGCAGUGUUCAUGCACACUCUUCACACAUUCCAUAACGUUUUCUUUAGUGUUUCCUUCUCCUCAGGGAGGCUCUAUAGCUCUGGCUAGAACUGUGCAGGUAGUUCCCAGCAGCUGGCUCUCAACAUCCUGGGAUGCUGGCUUCUCUUCAGUCAAUCUCAAACACAUGUAUGCACGGCCACGGCCGGUGGAGCAACUGCUUUGGCUUCCUGCUACAGUGUAACACUGGCUUGCAGGGUGGAAAAUGACCCGAGGACUGGAGCAGGUAGAGAAAGGUAUUCAGGCAGCAGGCUGCUGGGGGACGGGGUGGGUAACUCCACAGCUGCUGGGGUUACAAGGCUGGGGGCCAUCUUGGCUGGGGCACUGUCCUCUCCUGCCAAGCACUCCUCCUCCUCUCCAGCAA